UUGGCUAAAACCACACACGUGAUUCACGUUUCCAGAAUAUUCUAUCCUUCCUUUUUAUAAAGCCAGCACCUGCGCCACCCUCAGUAACGGAAACGGUAGACAUCACUUAGACUUGUACCUCUUUACCAAGCUUCCAAGAAGCCUUUUACCAAUCAUUCCUGUAUUAUAUUUGCUGUAAAUACUAUAAGAACACAGAACCAUGGCAAAGCAGACCGGACCCGCUGUCGGUAUCGACCUUGGAACCACCUACUCCUGCGUGGGGGUGUUCCAGCACGGCAAGGUGGAGAUCAUCGCCAACGACCAGGGAAACAGGACCACGCCCAGCUAUGUUGCAUUCAACGACAGCGAGAGACUGAUCGGGGACGCCGCCAAGAACCAGGUGGCCAUGAACCCCAGCAACACUGUUUUUGAUGCCAAGCGUCUGAUUGGCCGUCGUUUUGAGGACGCCUCUGUCCAGUCGGACAUGAAGCACUGGCCCUUCACGGUCGUCAGCGAUGGCGGGAAGCCCAAGAUCAGGGUUGAGUACAAGGGUGAGACCAAGACCUUCUUCCCUGAAGAAAUCUCGUCCAUGGUGCUUGUCAAGAUGAAGGAAGUUGCAGAGGCAUACCUCGGGAAGGAUGUGAUGAACGCCGUGGUUACAGUUCCAGCCUACUUCAACGACUCUCAGCGCCAGGCCACAAAGGACGCAGGCACCAUCUCGGGCUUGAACGUUCUCCGUAUUAUCAACGAGCCAACUGCAGCCGCCAUUGCGUACGGACUGGACAAGAAGGCAAAUAUGGGAACAGAGAAGAACGUCUUGAUCUUCGAUCUGGGCGGCGGCACCUUUGAUGUGUCCAUCCUGACCAUCGAGGAUGGAAUCUUCGAGGUGAAGUCCACGGCAGGAGACACCCACUUGGGAGGGGAGGACUUCGACAACCGCAUGGUCAACCACUUUGUGACUGAGUUCAAGCGUAAGCACAAGAAGGACCUGACCACCAACAAGCGUGCAAUCCGUCGUCUGCGCACAGCCUGUGAACGUGCCAAGAGGACCCUUUCAUCUAGUGCUCAGGCCAGCAUCGAGAUUGACUCCCUGUUCGAAGGUAUCGACUUCUACACGUCCAUCACCCGCGCCCGUUUUGAGGAGCUGAACGCGGACCUGUUCCGUGGCACCCUGGAGCCCGUGGAGAAGUCUCUCCGCGACGCCAAGCUGGACAAGGCCCAGAUCCACGAGAUCGUGCUGGUCGGAGGCUCCACCCGUAUCCCCAAGAUCCAGAAGCUGCUGCAAGACUUCUUCAACGGCAAGGAGCUGUGCAAGUCCAUCAACCCUGACGAGGCCGUGGCGUACGGCGCCGCCGUCCAGGCCGCCAUCUUGUCCGGAGACAAGUCUGAGGAGGUGCAGGACCUGCUACUGUUGGACGUUGCCCCCCUGUCUCUAGGUAUUGAGACGGCCGGCGGUGUCAUGACGCCGCUCAUCAAGCGUAACACGACGGUGCCCACCAAGCAGACGCAGACCUUCACGACGUACUCCGACAACCAGCCGGGUGUGCUGAUCCAGGUGUACGAGGGAGAGCGUGCCAUGACCAGGGACAAUAACCUUCUGGGCAAGUUCGAGCUGACCGGGAUCCCGCCAGCGCCCCGUGGUGUGCCACAGAUCGAGGUGACAUUCGACAUUGACGCCAACGGUAUCCUGAACGUCUCUGCUGUGGACAAGAGCACAGGAAAGGAGAACAAGAUCACCAUUACCAACGACAAGGGACGUCUGAGCAAGGAGGACAUCGAGCGUAUGGUUACAGAAGCAGAGAAGUACCGCCAGGAAGAUGAGUCUCAGCGCGAGCGCAUCGCCUCUAAGAACCAGCUGGAGAGCUACGCCUUCAACAUGAAGAACACUGUGGAGGACGAGAAGGUCAAGGACAAGAUCAGCGAUGACGACAAGAAGGCCAUCACGGACAAGUGUAACGAGGUCAUCAGCUGGCUUGAUGCCAACCAGAUGGCUGACAAGGAUGAGUUUGAGCAUCAGCAGAAGGAGCUAGAGAAGGUGUGCAUGCCCAUCGUCACCAAGAUGUACCAGGCCGCAGGUGGCGCACCACCUGGCGCAGCUGGCUUCCCAGGUGCAGGCGGCUUCCCCGGAGGUGCCCCAGGUGGCGAUGCAGGUGCACAGGAGGGCGGCAGCGGUAGCGGCCCCACCAUCGAGGAGGUCGACUAAACUCCAACCCGAACAACAAAACGAUCUGGAUUUUGAACACGCCCCUUGCAGACCUUACAAGCCUAGCCGAACACCGUUUUUACAGUCCCUUACCUUUCCUCAAAACUGCUUCGAUAUGUAUAUGAGAGUAAAAGCACUUUUGAAUUCUGUGCAGGUUUACUUCGGUGAACCUUUUUUAUUUGUUCAACUGUAAACUCUUAUCCAUCCUAUCUGCCGUUACGUUACAAAAAAAAAGAUUCUAUAGUGUGGAAAGGAAGAGAAAGAAUAAAAAGUUUCCGUAAGAAUAAAGACUUUCUGUAAGAA